AUGGCCCAAAUGGGGCCCAAGUUGAGCCUCAACGCCGCCGAUCGCACCCAAACGGGCACGGGGCUUCGUGAGCCUCCUGACAAUCACCGUCACCUCAUGGCCCAGAACGGCGCCACGUUUUCUAGCCCCGGCGGUCGUAAAAUCUACCCUCCGCCCCAGCUCCGGCUGAGUUUGACCAAGACAAGCGCAAGGGGCUAG